AUGAGCUCAAGGACGGAAGAGGAGUGCUCCAAUGUGCUAAGAAAUCUAGACGUUGGAUUCCUGAAAGAUAACGAUGAAUGGGUCAACAUCGUCAAGCAUGUUGACUGGGAACACAUCGGCUCUGUGGAUGCACUGAUAAAGUCUACAGAGCAGCUUGUUUUGAAGUACACAAGUCCUAACCAAACUAUCAAGAAUAGCAUCCAAAAAGUGUUCGAGAAUGCACUCGCAAGAUAUCCGCUGCUUUUUGGCUACUGGAAAAGAUUCACGGCGGUGCAAUACCAGCUUCAGGGAUUGAAAAGCUCACUAGAUGUACUUUCUCGAGCGGUAGAUGCUUUCCCUCAUUCACUGGAGCUCUGGUGUGACUACCUCAAUGUGCUCAUCGCGAAUAACUCGCAUGAAGUGGAUAAAAUACGUAUCAAUUUCCAGAUUGCAAAGGAUUUGGUAGGCUACCAGUUCCUUUCACACGUAUUUUGGGACCGCUUUAUCGAAUUCGAAAGAAGUCAACAGAGACUGGACAAUUUGGUCGCUAUUUACAAGACGGUAAGUCGUAUUCCGCUGCAUCAAUAUUCAAAGUAUUAUACCGCUUAUAAGACCUUCGCGCACGACAAUGCAGAGAAUAACGAAUUACCCGUUGAUUCUGAAGAGGAGAUCAAUGUGAUUUUCGCAAAUACCCAAAGUCUGGUGAACAGUGUUUGGAAAUUCGAGUCUCAAAUAUCGCAAGGCUACUUCAAUCUAGGACCACUGCCUCAAAAUGAGUUAGACAACUGGGAGAACUAUGUUUCUUUUGCUGUUGAAUCAAAAACAGUUUCUCCGAAGUUGACCAUAUCCAUUUUCGAGCGGUGCCUGAUUCCUUGCCAGUACUACGAGCAUUUCUGGCUGAGGUACACUUCCUGGGUAGAGAGUCUUGAUGAUUUUGAUGCCACUUUGGAAAUAUUUCAAAGAGGUAUCGGCGUAGUUCCAGCGAGCCAAAGAAAGCUGCGACAAAGAUACUUGGUCUUUUUAAAGUCAUCUCUGAGGGUUCACAAGGAUAAAGCUUUAGACACCUAUUUUCUCACCCUCGCAGAAUUCUCGCGAAAAUAUCCGCAUGAUGGCUCAUUUCUCAUGGACUUCUUAAAUGUUGUGAAGCAAAUCGAAUUUGGAUCAAGCUUAUCUGUAGCAGAUCAAGAAAUCUUGAAGCAGCAAAGAGCAUUCGCAGGCUAUCUGGAAAAAAAUGUGCGAGCAUACAUCCGCAAAUCGAAAAAUGGAGAUAGUAGGCUUCAAAACCUUUUGAAUGAAAAUACACUUCCUGUGUUAGUAAUAAGUCUACUUAAGGUCAACUUCUUCAAUUUAGAUGACACGGCCCAGACCAGAGCUUUUCUUUCCGAGUUCGAGAAACUACCACAACUAAAAUCUUCGACAUCCUUUUGGCUAUUAUACUAUAAAAUUUUGAAAAACACUGUGGAUUUGAAUGGCCUCGAAAGCUUUGUGAACAGGCUAGGGAAUGAAAUACAGAUUCCCGUGCUUAUGAUAAACGAUGUUGUGAGCGACUUCAAGUCCUUUUUUAUGACUAAUGUCAAAUUACGUGACUAUGAGCAGGAAGUGUACGAUGGAAGAUACACUAUCGGUAUUGAUCCUCUCCUCGAUCUCGACUUCAAGGUGAACGACCCUCUAUGGGUGAAACGAGACACUUCUAAGGGCAUUGAAAAAGUCAAAAAGGACAAAAAAGAUAAUGGGCACCCAGGGCUGUACCUCGAAAAGCCAAUUGUGUCGAACUCGAUAAUGGAUAGCCAUACAAAGAGGUUUGCGAACACACCACCUUCUCUCCCGACUUUCAAAAACUUAGAAAAGGUAAACAAAGUUGCAGUGUACAAGGAUUUUUUCAACACCGACUUCCUGCAUUCAGGAUAG